AUGUCAAUUCAAGUCUUCAAUGACAUCCGGAGAGCCGGACUGCGCCUCAGCCCAAAGAAAUGUGACCUCUUGCAGCGGGAGGUCAAGUUUUUGGGCCAUGUAGUCAAGGAGGAGGGUGUGGCCACCAACCCAGCAAAGGUGGAAACAGUGAGAAACUGGCCGGUACCUCGACACGUCGGAGAGGUGCGCAGCUUCCUGGGGCUCGCCUCGUACUACAGACGCUUUGUCCAGGGGUUCGCAUCCAUCGCCAGUCCCCUCCACCGCCUCACCGACAAGAGGCGGGAAUUCAUCUGGGACGAUGAUUGUGCGCUGGCAUUCGCUCAACUUCGCGCCGCCUUGACGGAGGCCCCUGUCUUAGCGCUGCCAGAUCCCAAACGUCGAUUCAUCGUCGAUACCGACGCAAGUUGA